CGUGUCACAUGUAUUAAUUUUAGAUUAUUUUUCAUGAUCUUAAUCAUUGAUUCAAUUACUCUUUGGCUAACAUAAUGACAUUUUUUUGAGUAUAAACUCUUUGCUAUGUUAAGAUAUGAAUGAAAGGUGGUACUAAUCAUGUUCAUAACUCGGCGAUUCAGACAGUUCCACACUCAUUACCAACUCACUCCAAAUCCAAUUCCUUCAAAGAAAUCAUUAACCCAAAAGCACAAUCCCAAGAACAACCUUAAAAACAUCAUCUCAGACUCCGACAUUGUACGAUGGAAUGUGGAAAUCAGUUCUCACAUGCGCAACGGCCGACUAGAGGCUGCUCUUGGUGUCUUCAAUGCUAUGCCUCGACGUACUGUUGUUUCCUUCAAUGCCAUGAUUUCUGGGUACCUUAAUAAUGAAAGGUUUGAUCUUGCACAACAAUUGUUUGAGAAAAUGCCUCGUAGAGAUUUGGUGUCUUGGAAUGUUAUGCUUAGUGGGUUUGUUAGGAAUAAGAAUAUUGGUGCUGCACGUGAGUUGUUUGAUAGAAUGCCUCAGAGGGAUGUUGUUUCUUGGAAUGCUAUGUUAUCUGGUUAUGCUCAGUAUGGUUAUGUUGAUGAAGCUAGAAAGGUUUUUGAGAAUAUGCCUUAUAGGAAUGGUAUUUCGUGGAACGGUUUGCUUUCGGCUUAUGUUCAAAAUGGGAGGAUAGAGGAGGCUUUUCGGUUGUUUAGUUCGAAAACUGAUUGGGAAGUUGUUUCUUGGAAUUGUUUGAUGGGUGGUUAUGUGAGGAAAAAGAGGUUGGUUGAUGCUAGAAAGCUUUUUGAUCAAAUGACUAAUAGGGAUGCUGUUUCUUGGAAUAUAAUGAUUUCGGGUUAUGCCCAAAAUGGGGAUUUGUUUGAAGCGAGUCGUUUGUUUGAAGAGUCCCCUGUUAGAGAUGUGUUUGCUUGGACAGCGAUUGUGUCGGGUUAUGUGCAGCAUGGAACGUUGGAUGAAGCUAGAAUAGUAUUUGAUAAAAUGCCGGUAAAGAAUCCUGUGUCGUGGAAUGCAAUUAUUGCGGGAUAUGUUCAACGUAAGAGAAUGGAUGUAGCUAGUGAAUUGUUUGAGGCAAUGCCAUGUAGAAAUGUUAGUUCUUGGAAUACAAUGCUUACUGGAUAUGCACAGAGUGGUGAUGUAGAACAAGCAAAGUUUAUUUUCGAUGGAAUGCCUCAACGCGAUACCAUUUCUUGGGCGGCUAUGAUUGCUGGCUAUGCUCAAAAUGGCCAUGGUGAGGAAGCUUUGCAGCUAUUUGUGGAGAUGAAAAGAGAAGGGGAAAGGUUAUCGAGGUCUUCUUAUACGUGUGGUUUGAGCACAUGUGCUGAGAUUGCUGCUCUUGAGUUGGGGAAGCAAAUGCAUGGAGGACUUGUAAAAUCAGGAUUCGAAACUGGUUGCUAUGUAGGGAAUGCACUCCUUGUGAUGUAUUCUAAAUGUGGAAGCAUAGAAGAAGCAUAUGAUGUGUUUAAAGAUAUACAACAAAAAGAUAUUGUCUCAUGGAACACAAUGAUUGCAGGGUAUGCAAGACAUGGAUUUGGCAAAGAGGCUCUUGUGAUUUUUGAGUCUAUGAAGGCAGCAGGAAUCAUUCCGGACGAUGUUACAAUGGUUGGGGUAUUGUCAGCUUGUAGUCAUACUGGCUUAGUAGAGAGAGGCACCGAAUAUUUUUACAAAAUGAAUGAGUAUUAUGGAAUAACACCAAAUUCAAAACACUACACUUGCAUGAUUGAUCUUUUAGGUCGAGCCGGGCGCUUAGAUGAGGCCCAGAAUCUAAUGAAAACUAUGCCUUUCGAACCUGAUGGUGCAACAUGGGGUGCUCUCCUUGGUGCUAGUAGGAUUCAUGGAAAUACCGAAUUAGGUGAAAAAGCUGCUAAGAUGAUUUUUGAGUUGGAACCCGAAAAUGCUGGCAUGUAUGUUCUCAUUUCAAAUUUAUAUGCGGCUUCAGGUAGAUGGGGUGAUGUUCGGAAUAUGAGGUUGAAAAUGAGAGAUAAAGGAGUGAAAAAAGUACCGGGAUAUAGUUGGGUGGAAGUUCAGAACAAAGUUCAUACAUUUUCAGUUGGGGACUCUGUACACCCGGAGAAGGAUAAGAUCUAUGCCUUCUUAGAAGAGUUGGAUUUUAAAAUGAAGCAGGAAGGAUACAUUUCUUCGACAAAGUUAGUUUUACAUGACGUGGAAGAAGAAGAGAAAGAGCAUAUGCUCAAAUAUCAUAGCGAAAAAUUGGCUGUGGCAUUCGCAAUUUUGUCAACACCAUCUGGGAGAACAAUCCGUGUGAUGAAGAAUUUGAGAGUGUGUGAAGAUUGUCACAGUGCCUUCAAACUCAUAUCGAAAAUCGUGGGAAGAACAAUAAUCUUAAGGGAUUCAUAUCGCUUCCACCACUUUACUGGAGGCUCAUGUUCUUGCGGAGAUUAUUGGUAGACUAACGAGAUUUACAGCGGAGAAACUAAGACUCAGAUUGAUUUUGUAGCCAAUUGAGACUCUUUUCUGUACUAAGUCAGUUGACUUAUUAGCAGAAAAUAGAAACAGAAAAAAGGGUGAGAGAAAAAGAGUUCUUGAGAGCAAGUGUUGAGGUCAACCUUCAUGAAAGUGGUUUCAGAUGAGUAACGGUAAAUUGAACUGUCUCAACCGUCUCGAUAGAGGCCAGAUUGCAUCCUACCUAAAGAUAUCAAGGCAGCAGCAGGUUUUGACGGUCAAGACACGACCAAUUUCAAGUUAGAACAGAAGGUGGUUGUUCCAUCAGAGAUAAAAGUUUUCGAGUUGGCUGCUAAUUUCGGGAUUGGAAAGUCCGUUCUUUAUCUCCAAGUUGUGUUUUUGAUAGAGAGAAAAAGAGAAACGAACUAACGAAGGCAUCAUGUGAGAUGUAAUCGCGGCUGCAGAAAAGGGUAGCGGUCGGCCUUGUCAAACUCUCUUUGUCUCUCCCUCUACGGACUCAUCGUGUUGUUCUUCGGCCUUACAGUGUUCUUUAGCAUCUUCUAGGAUAUGAGUCGUUAAUUUUCUACAAUAUGCAUCAUACUGGGUAUUUCCUUUCAGUAAUAAACAAGAACUUUUCAGUGGACCAAGUUGAUCAAGUGGACUGUACGUCUCUCUAAUUAAUAAAAAGAGUUCUAAUUAAUAAAAAGAGUAAAUAGCAGUGUAACUUACACCUAAAGUUUUAAGUUUGUAAGCGGCAUAAAUUUACUAUUUAUUUUUAGCGGCAUAAAUACACAGUAUUUGUAAAACUGUAAUUUUCUUCCAGUUUCGUUAGUUAGAUUCCGUUUUGAAUUUG